AUGGAGGACUGUGGCCUUGUGGACUUAGGCUUCUAUAGACCUAAAUAUACAUGGUCUAAUGUAAGGGGGCAAUGUUCAAUUAGAUGGAAAUGGCUUGAUAGAGGACUAGCCAAUGAUCACUGGUUAGAAGCCUUUCCUGCUACCACAAUCUCUCACCUAGAUUCAGCAGGAUAUGAUCACAAUCCCUUACUCUUGGAACUCCCUAUUAGGCACGACAGUUGCAAAAAGUAUUUCAAAUUCCUCAAUUGCUGGGUGAACAACAACAGGUUUCUACCCUUGGUUUCAGAAAUUUGGAGCAAAGAUGUUAGAGGUAGUGCUAUGUGGAUAUUUCACCAGAAAAUUAAAGCACAAAGUCAUGCUCUAAGUCUCUGGUCUAGACAACAAUAUGGGGAUAUUUUCCAAAUCGUUAAAGAAUUUGAGCAAAAGGUGAAGGAUGCAGAGAUGAUCUGGGCCCAGACCAACACAGACACUGACAGAGCAACUCUCAACGAGUUUAAGGCUCAAUAUGUUAGACAUCUGAAGGUUGAGCAGGAUGUUCUGAAGCAGAAAACACAAUUACAAUGGUUCAAAGAAGGAGAUGCCAAUUCUAUAUACUUCCACAGCUUAAUCAGAGGAAGAAGAAGGAAAUUGUACAUCUACAAAAUCAAUAAUAAGGAGGGUCAAUGGUUCCACGAUGAUGAAAAUAUCGGGAAGGAUGCUUGUAAUGACUUUCGAAACCACUUCACAGACCCGGGUCAUUAUUAUAGAAGACCCGCUAUCCAUUAUCCCAACCAUGAUAUCUAG